CCGAGCAAUGUUCGUAAGUGUUGGAUUGUUAGCGAAAGGGGUAGUUGCACAUAAUCCAUUCAUUUCCUAUUGCAUCGUUUACCGUUGUGAAAGUGUGUUCGACUAUCCAUAGCGGCAUCAAAUAUUUUUCAAGAAAAACUGGAAGUUAAAACAUUCGUGCUCAAAACGUCUAAUAUGGAAAUCAGCGGUAAAGUUGCUCUUGUAACAGGUGGUGCAACGGGUCUUGGUCGUGCAUUUUCGGAAGAAUUACUACGUUAUGGUGCAAAAGUGUCAAUUUGCGAUUUGGAUUCGGAUGCCGGAGAGAAUGCAUGCGAAGAACUGGGCCAAAAGUAUGGCAAAGAUCGUGUACUAUUUUGUCACGUCGAUGUCACCGACUACGUACAAUUCGAAGAGGGAUUCCAAAUGACAAUUAGUGAAUUUGAUCGAUUGGACAUUGUGGUGAACAAUGCCGAAAUUAUGAAUGACAAAUUUUGGGAGCUUGAGGUCGAUGUUAAUUUGAAUGGAACCAUACGCGGAAUGUUGCUUGCAUUACAAUAUUUGGGGAAAAAUAAAGAAGGACAUGGUGGCGUUGUUAUUAAUAUUGGAUCGGCACAAUCCUUUCGGCCAUCCAUCUCUUUUUCCAUUUAUUGUGCUUCAAAGCACGCGAUACUAGCGUUGUCGAAGUCUUGUGGCGAUGCAUAUCACUAUAAUAUGACUGGAGUUCGUGUUAUUGCACUGUGUCCAGGAAUUUUGCAUGAUGCAUCAUCAUCCACGUUUGCAGAUCGAUUCAAAUCACCCAGCCAUGAAAAGGCAUGGCAACUUGACAUGAAAGGACAAAGUCCACAAAAAUGUGAGCACGUAGCCAAAGGCUUGAUCUCGAUUAUCAAAGAUGGCAAAAGUGGUUCAGUUUGGUUAAUUGCCAAUGAGAAACCACCAAAAGAAGUUCCUUAUUCAAGUGUAACAAUAUGAAUUCAAGAGAAAUCAAUAUCACUAUCAUAAUGUAUCGAAACCGCAUCCAUUCAUGUAACACCCUUGUCAUUCAGCAUGUGCAUUUCAUAUCGUGGAAUUGAUAAAACAACUGGCGCGUUAAUUCCGCUUUUUAAUCAAAAUAAUUUCGCGCUAAAUUGCUAUACUAAAUAGAAGUAAAUUAAUGUGUUUUUAAACAUAAACAUCAAUGCAGCUAUCUAUACUUUGAAUUCACUCAUGUAG